GCAUGUUUAAUACUAUGGAUGGCAUCGGUCGGCGUCAGCAGUUUCACCGACAAGUCCCAGCAUCUGCCCCUAAAGGACGUCAACAAAAUCGGUGGUACGGGAACGGAAACCGAUGUGAACAAGCCCAGUAUAGCCAUCGUCUACGCCCCGGUCAACCUGACCACUGAUUGCAAGUCCGUCGAAAUGUACCAAAAAGCCCUGUCGGAGGCCGUGCCCGGAGACAACGUCAAGAACUUGUCCGUCAAGGAACUGCGUCGUGGAUACGUCGUCGAUGACUUAAAAAAAAUCGCCACCCAGGUAAUCGUGCAGAACCUCCCCGGACAGAUCCCCAACGGAUACACCCCAGUGCUUACGAAUUCAGCGAGAUCCAAAAGAAGAUCUUUCGUCGUUCCGGCAGGUCGAGAUGAGCUGUGGCCCGAAUCGCUCGAUAGAUCUUGGCACCGCGUGAUGACUGGCGGAUCAAGACAUGCUCUUGCAGCAGGAGGUUUGAGCUUCUCCAAAAGCUAGCGAAGUGCAAGCACACCGAAAACGUAGUCACUAAGAUCGAAACGAAAAUCUCUAAGAAGAUUUGCUGUAUCAUCCGGUUCUACCCAGUCACGAAAUAUUCUAGCAGAGCUGGUUCUGUCAGAAUCUUGCUAGAACGGUGGAACAUUUCUGCUAGAAUUCUGUUAGAAUAUCCAGCUCUGUUAGAAUUCUGCUAGAAUCCUGCUGGAACGCCGUGACUGGGUAGGGGUCUAGGGGAAGAUAACCGUCGAGUUGUGGGCGGCGGUGGCAUGAAACGAAACGUAAACAGAGGCUUAGUGGUGUAUCAAACAUAUUGGUGGAUAUUCUGCUUGAUGAUGAUCGUCAAACGACGCUUGAAGGCAGCCAGGGUUGGUGAUUGUUUGCAUUUUCUUCGAGUCGGGAACAGAACACUGAUGAAGUCUGCAAGUAGUAGACGAAAUACGUAUCUGUCAAGAUUUUAAAAAUAUAUAGCGGAAUUAAAAGGAACAACUCGUCUCUUUGUAUUCAUAGUAAUGCAUUCUGCUAAAACGCUCAACCAAACCACAAUGCAUUUUCUUGUUUUUACCAGAGACUAAAUGAUGUUUUACGGUGUGUUUGCAUUUACUUAUUUAUUUAGAAAAUUAUACCUAGACCCUCGACAAAGCGACGACACGAAUCUUAACGGUACCCUUCUGAACCUUGGCCUCGAUGGCCUUCUUGUUGCCCACGGUGGCGGCGACCUUCUUGGUGGCGUGCUUCUUCGCGGCAACCUACGUUGCUCCGGCAGUUUCCUUCUUCUUGUGGACAGCAGCUCCAGUGUCACCGGCGACUGCUAGUAAAGUGCUAGCUGACAAUCUCUAGGUUGCGUUUCUUCUCGCCCGGCAGCGUGAUUGGGCGCGCUUUCGCUUCACGCCGAUUCCGCGGGCCUGCUUUUCGUUAGUCAGCUUCUCCUGGAACUUUCCGACCGACGCCGUCGACGCAUUGGCGACGUUGGCAGCAGUCACCAGCUCUGUAGCUGAAGCGGCAUCCGGUCCGCUCGCGGAGUUUGAAUCGUUUUCGCGCGAGCAAUGUUCCUCAUCUUUCGUCCUUGUUGGGGUCCGAAUUCUGAGGCAUCUCUACAACCCAAUCCUUCUCCUAUUCGGCCUUGAACCGCUUGUAGCCGUAAGUUGGAACCGAUUUGUCCAGCACCUUGUCGUACCUUCUUGUCGCGAACUUGAUUCUUGAUACCGUAAACUGGGGUGACUUUACACAGAAAAAAAUAUGUAAAUUUACACAGCACGUAAUUGCUGUUUCUUAUGUAAACUCACUCAAUGUAAUGUUGAAAUAUGAUGUAAUGAGCAAAAAGUAAUGGAAAUUACUCCGAUGUAAAUCUAAAUCUAAUGUAAAUCAUGAAUCUAACGGAAACGUUGAGCAUGGAAACUCAAAUCUGAUGAAUUUCUACCCGUGUUCGGCUUCCUGUAAAUUCCUAUUUAAUGUAAAUCAUAUAUCCAAUGUAUUUCUGCCAAACGUUGACUUCAAAACUACCCGAACUAAAAAUAGUUAUGUUUGGUUCUCUUUCUAUCGCUCUCAUACUUCGCUGGCUCACUGCCUGUGCCUCGACCUGAACAAGUUGAUGCUUUAGCCGCUCGUUUAUAAAAUGCGAAGAUAGCUCAGUCGGCAGCGGGUAGCAGCAGUAACACCGAACAUCCUACCCGUCGUCCGUUCGAUUCCAGUCCAGCGUUAUUCCACUUGGCCCUCGACGAGAAAGCGUCCCCUACCUGUGAAACAAUUUUUUAAAAUCAGAAUUUCCUUUUGCUGCCCGCUUCAAUCAUUUUAAAAUAGAACAUACACACACAAAAAUAUUUCCGAAUGUUACAUCAUUUAUGAUGUAACACUUUUGCACGUCAUUAAACAUUUAAAUUUAAAUGCAAUUUAAUGUAAAUUUGCAACAAAUUAUACGUAAAAACAUGAUUUUACGUGUGAUUCAACCGUUUACGUCGAAUCUCAAGUUUACAUCAACUGAGUUUACAUGUGAUUCAUUUUUUCCGUGUCGAGUAAAUUCACAUAUUUUUUUCUGUGUAGGCCACACCCUUUUCUUACUGCAAUCCAAGUCGAGCUUCUCAUUCCCAUUGGCCAAUCAGAAUUAGUUGAUUUGAACUAAUGUAAAUUCCAAAAGUAAUGUAAAUUCCAAAACUAAUGUAAAUUUUCAAAACUAAUGUAAAUUUCCAAUAAAUCUAAUGUAAAUUUCCAAUUGACCUAAUGGAAAUAUACAUCAUUUAUCAUGAUACCUUUUGGUACAUGAUAAAUAAUGUAAAUUUACAGAAAUAUUUUUUUCUGUGUAAUAGCCCGGGGUGACUUUGAUAGGUUUUUCAAAUGCCCGUCAAAUUAAUAUCUAAACAUUAAGGGAUAACUUAUUAUCGAACAUAUAUGCAAAAAUUAGACUGUUACAUUGGAUGUAUCAAAAUUAGUGGCCAAAUCAAAUUUCUAUCAAUGUCACCCUGCACCAAAAAAAAUAUUCCUGUAAAUUUACAUUAUUUAUCAUGUACCAAAAGGUAUCAUGAUAAAUGAAAAUGAUGUAUAUUUACAUUAGGUUCAUUGGAAAUUUACAUUAGGUUCAUUGGAAAUUAACAUUAGAUUCAUUGGAAAUUUACAUCAGUUUUAAAAAUUUACAUUAGUUUUGGAAUUUACAUUAGUUCAAAUCAACUAAUUCUGAUUGGCCAAUGGGAAUGAGAAGCUCGACUUGGUUUGCAGUAGAAAAAGGGUGUGGCCUAUGUUCUAUUUUAAAAUGAUUGAAGCGGGCAGCAAAAGGAAAUUCGGAUUUUAAAAAGUUGUUUCACAGGUAGGGGACGCUUUCUCGUCGAGGGCCAAGUGGAAUAACGCUGGACUGGAAUCGAACGGACGACGGGUAGGAUGUUCGGUGUUACUGCUGCUACCCGCUGCCGACUGAGCCAUCUUCGCAUUUUAUAAACGAGCGGCUAAAGCAUCAACUUGUUCAGGUCGAGGCUCAGGCAGUGGGCCAGCGAAGUAUGAGAGCGAUAGAAAGAGAACCAAAUAUAACUAUUUUUAGUACGGGUAGUUUUGAAGUCAACGUUUGGCAGAAAUACAUUGGAUAUAUGAUAUACAUUAAAUAGGAAUUUACAGGAAGCCGAACACGGGUAGAAAUUCAUCAGAUUUGAGUUUUCAUGCUCAACGUUUCCAUUAGAUUCAUGAUUUACAUUAGAUUUAAAUUUACAUUGGAGUAAUUUCCAUAACUUUUUACUCUUUACAUCAUAUUUCAACAUUACAUUGAGUGAGUUUGCAUAAGAAACAGUAAUUACGUGCUGUGUAAAUUUACAUAUUUUUUCUGUGAAUGUUUGG